UUCUUCUCUUCCCCUCCUUUCCCUCCCUCUUUUUUCUCUCCCCCUCUCUCGCUGCCCCUUUGGACCGGUCUUAGCUGCAGCCCUGGCCGGGAGCCAUCCGGCGCUGCCUCUCCGGGACCCCGGGGCAAAAGCCAGCGCUGUCCAGCAAUUCAGGCAGUCCGUCAGUCAGCUGGGCGAGAAGAGGAAAAAUAAAAAAUAGGUGGGGGGGGGGUCUGCUGGCCGCGGAGGCCGCUGGGAGUCGUAGUCCCCCUCCCUGGGAGGGCUGCGGAGACCCCCGCGCUGGAUCCACCCAGCCCCGAGCAUCCCACGACUAGCCCGGACGGACUUCAGCCCAUCCGCAGCCCAGCCACCCCCUCCCAAGAGGGGGAGGGGUUGUCGCAGGAUGGACCCGGGGUCCGGAGGGCUGUGGACGGCGGAGACCCGCGAGGGAGGCCAGGCUGCUUCCCGGGUCCUGCCCUGCCCGUUACCCGAUAAAUUAGCGGGAAGAUCGAGCCUGCGUAGAGUUGGAUCCCGGGGGGAAAACCUGCGCCAAUCCGUCCCGUUGAGAGGGCUCCCGCUUCUGAAAUCCAUUACGGUCGAGUCUGGGCCCCGCCUCGCUCACGGAGGUGUCUCUCUCUCUCUCUCUCUUUCUCUGCUUCGGGCUGCAGGCGCAGAACGAGGGCACAGCGGGCACAGCUGGCGCUCCAGAUGGGGUGACCUUUGAGGACGUGGCCGUCGGCUUCUCGCUGGAGGAGUGGUCCCUGCUGGAAGGCAGUCAGAAGGACCUACACCAAGAAGUGAUGCUGGAGAUGUGCUCUUUGCUUCGCUCGCUCGGUCAUUCGGUGCCCACCGUCAACUUCUCUUCCUUGACCCGCCAAUCAGACGAGACUGCUAAGAGCCCCAGACUCAGCUGGGGAAGACGCCGGCCUUUUGCCGAGGAAGGCGACAAAACCCAUGGUGGAGAGCCCCCUUGUCCAGAGGACAUGAAAGAAUUCUGCAACCUGCAGCUGGACAGCGCCGAGGAGCAUCUAGCUGCAGCGGGCGACGAGGCAGGUAGGGAUCAAAGCAGCCACCACCUCUGCGCCCUCAUGAAGCUGGUUAAUGAAAUUCCAGAGUUCCUUUGCGGACACGUGCACGCAGGUCUGGAGCGAUCCACGCCGGCUGGCGGCAGCGAAGGCCGAGGCCACGCGAGUCCCGCUGUCCAGUUGAAGAGUUCUCCACACUUCGGACGACUCGAACCCUUAACCAGCUUGGUUUCCCUGAGUGCCUCCAGCCCAGCGAAGACUCCCAGCAGCAGCAGCCCAGAGGGAGACUGGUCGGAGCCCACCAGCCAAGGCACGUUUGCCCCCUGCGAUGCUCAGGGAUUGAAGGGAGCAGAAGUAGCAGCCUGUGCAGAGUCGUUGACCAAGGAGAACCUAGCCGAAAGGCAGCUGAAAUCCGAGGAAGGUCUUUUCCUUUGGUGUCCUCGUCUCUCGAUGGAGCAGAAGCACAGCCCAGAAAUGGACCCGAGGCUGGACACUGAUGACUCUUCUGCAGAUUCUGGCUGUCUGGACCAAUCCCGUUCCUGGGGGGAUGGAGGGGCAGAGGAACCCGUAUCGCCGGGAACUUUGCAAAGCAUCUCUGAGGCUGGCCGCCAAUCUGAGGACGGAAAGACGGUGCCCGAGGCUGCGGCUGAAAAGGAGCUUCUGAAAAGGUCCGGCGAGGCAUCGCCAAAGUCGGUGCCAGAAGCAAGGUCGGAAGAGAAACCCCUCCAAGGGUUGCUGAAGUGCCUGAAGGAGCUGGUUACCCUGCAGCCUGGCCGUAGCCCCCAAGGCCCCUUGAAGGCUUCCAUCCAGAGGCGAUCCGAGACCCUCGGAGUCAGGCAACGGGGAGGCAGGAAUGACGCCUUACCCAGGCAAGUUAAGAGGGAAGCUUCCGAAGAGGAACUGGGGGUCCCCAACCCCAGAGAAGGACCAGGGUCUUCGUUGGCAGCCAAGGGGAACCCUUCCAUCCCCCAGCCCGAGGGGGGCAGGAGACCAAAUUUUCCAGUUAAAAUAGAGCAGGUGGGCGGCAGCUCCUCGUGGCAGGACCCGCAGGGAGAGCCUGCAUUGGUGGUUUUCCAUGCAAGUGGAAGCUGGGAGAAAACCCCAGAGCGAUCCGGCACCUCGGCCGUUUGUGUUAAAUCUGAGGAAGAACUCCCUCUGCGAGGCCACGAGGAUAUCUUGGAAGAGAAGGGCUACCCCCACUUUGGCCUUCCGAGGAGCAGCUUCUCUCUUGGUGCCAGAGAAUCCGGGUCCAAGCUGGAACUUUCGAUCCCGUAUUCGGAUGAGUGGAGUCCGGCCACCAGUCCUCUCCAUGGGUUGCUCAACUGCCUGAAGGACAUCCCCGUGGCCAGACCGCUGACCCCCAAAGUCACGAUGGGCAAACAAAGAGCAACAGGGGAGAAGGAGAGACACCGAGGGGGAAGAAGAGGACGGUUCGGCCCCCCACCUGACCCCUGCCUUCCCCAAAGCUCCGAAGCCGGUCACGGGGAAAAGCCCGCCCAACAGCCCCUCCUGCCCCAUGGAUACGCCAACAGGCCCCAUGAGAGAAACCCACCGGGGCGGAAAGUGGAGGCAGCGAUGGCGUACGAAGGAACCACGAAGGAACGUCCUCCUCCAAGCGCCCACAUCCAGCCCUCGUCCCCCGCCAUCAUUUCAUUGGUCAGCAGCUCCCCGGACAGCCUUCCCCGGUGGACUCCCGAACCGGGCCGAUGGAGAAGGAAGGAAGACGAGCUUGGCCAAGCCCAGAGUCCUUUGCCCGGCCUCGGGAAAGGGUUCAAGGAGACCCCGUGGGGUUCCCGCAGCCGGGCCUGUUCGCCGGCCACCAGCAGCUCCCCAGACGGUCUCCACAGACGGACGUCGGCCAGGAGAGAGGAAGGGUUCAGUCAAAGCAGCACCCCCUUGCAAGGCCUAGAGAAGUGCUUGAAGGACAUCCAGAGCCAGCGAUGGUCCCCGUCCGUCACUUCCUCCAUCCACAGCUCGCCAGACAGACGCCGGCAGUGGACACCCGAGCCAGCGACGUGGGCCAGGAAGGAGGAAGGAGGGAGCCCCCCCAGGGUCCCACCCCUUCAAGGCCUGGAGAAUUGCCUGAACGAGAUCGCCCCGAGCAGAGACUUCCUCAACGCCAGCCCUGCCAGGCGCGGUGUCGGCGCUCAGAAGCGGGCGGGAACGGAGGAGGCUCACUCGCCAAGGCCAGGGCCUGCAGAACCGACGUCGGUCCGCCUCUCUUUCCCUGCAGGGACCCUUCCUCAACAAUGCGCCUCUGCUUCAGACACGGCUGCCGACAGCUCUCCCCUCCACCGGCUGAUGAACUGCCUGAAGGAAAUCCCCAUACGACGGCCAAGUUAUCUCAACACGCCGAACGCCUUCUCCUCUUCCUCUUCCUCCUCCUCCUCCAGCUGCAGUGAAACCGAAAGGGACCAACAGAGCCCAGGAAAUUCAGCCUGGUGGGACAGUGGCCUGGGUCGGCAUCAGCCACCAGGAUCUGAGAGGGAUGUCCUCGUGGGACCAAAAGUGACGAUGGAGCCCAAGAGGGAACAUCUGUCCACCCAAUUUCCUGCAGAAGAGGAAGAGAAGUUGGCCUCCGCACAAGAGGCCGACGUUGCGGACAGCGUUGACGAAGCACCUUCUGCCUCUCUCCUUGGCAACCCGGAGAAUGACGCAAAGGAUACGGGGGUCAAGCAGAUGUUUCCCUCCAUCACCCCGCUACAACGCUCCGGAACUCAGCGAGCUGUGACGUCCAGAGCCUCCGAAGCAAGAGAAGAUGUACCACCUUCCGCACCUCUCGUCAACAAGAUCUUCACCCACGAGCUGAAGAAGGACCCAAGGGACACAACGUCAGCCCGGACCCCGAGGUGUUCCAGCCCCAUGGGCCCCGGUUCCCGGGAUGGGACGUCUCAAGGAGACACGGACUGGAGUCCGGGGGAAGAGCAGGUCCAGCCACUGCCUGGUGACCAAGGGCUGACCGGCAGCAGGCCUCUCCAGGGCCUGCUCAGCUGCCUGGAGGAGCUUGCCUACCCAAGCACCCCCAGGCCCUGCCCCUCCUUGGCCAGGAAGAGGCCCCGACAACCGCAGCACAACCAGGAGGAGGAGGAGGAAGAGCAAGCAGCCCAUUGCAAAAAGAAAUCCUGGCAAGGUGCUGUCUCUUCCAGUGCCCCCACUUGUGACGAGGGGACAUCGGGGCCCCAGCAGAACGGCCAUUCCUGCCCACGGAACAGCUGGUCCUCUGCACAUAUGCAGAGUGACCCUCCCAGGUGGAACCCCCCGGCCUCGUUUCGGAUGGGAGCCCGAAGAGCUUCUGCAACGGCCAGGGACAAAGGAAGACUUCCGGCCUUGGAUGCAGGACCAGAGGCGAAGAACAGCCGCUCCGCGGCUCCGGGACUCUGCAGCUGCUCCCACGGAGCCGAGUCGGGAGCCGUGCAGCCCCUCGUCUCCAAACAGCUGGGCCGCCUGGCCGCCGACGUGAGCAGCCUUUGCCGGGACCUCUCCGGCCUGCAGAGCCACGUCUUGCAGCUGGAGCAGGACGCUCGCUGCUGGGCGCUGGAGCUGGCCGCGCUGCACCUGGAGAACCACCGCCUGGACAAGUACGCCCGGCGCCUGGAGAACCGUUGCCGCGCCUUGGAAAGCCGCUCCCGCCGUGCCAACCUACGCCUUCUGGGCUUGCCGGAGGGGGCCGAAGGGGGCGACCCGGCCGCUUUCCUCCGACGCGCCCUGCCGGAGUUGCUGGGCUGGCGCCCGGGAGCGCCGGUCUUGGAGAUCGAGAGCGCCCGCCGGAUCCGAAGCUGGGACUCGUCCGGCAAGCCGCGCCCGCUGCUCUUCCGCGUCUCCCGCUCCGCCGACCGAGCGGCCGUGCUGGAAGCGGCGCGCAGCCGGCCGCUGCGCUUCGCCGAGGCGCAGCUUGCCAUCUUGCCCGAUCUUGGCGCCCCACGGCGGAGACCGCCGCCCGCCCCCUUCCGGAGGAGCCGGUGGGUGGCCGACCUGCUUUUCGGGGGGCGGCCCAUCCCCCCUUGCACCCCCCUGGUGGCCGUGGGGAAUCCGGGGUUGCCCCCCUCGCCGGGGUCUCGUGGGGGCUGCGAGCAACACAAUCUGUGAGACAUUGCCGGGGGGUGGGGCGGGGGAGACGGUCCGGGAAAGCGACUUGGGACGACGGUCGACCAAAACCGACUUUCCCAAGCGUGGGAAAGCAUUGACUCUCUCCUCCUUGCCGUCCAGCGAAGGUGGGUGGGCUAAGCCACCGUCCUGCUACUUUUGCAUGGCUUCU